CUCCUUUCUAGCAUCAUUAGCGAGCUAAGGAACCUAGCUUCUCCAAGAACAAGAUGGAUCAUCUAUUGGGGGAUUUCAACGAGGAUUCCAUCGUUUGUUAUCGUUAUCGAUGGUGGAAGGUGGCGGAAGCACUGAAUCGCUCCGGUGUCCGAGCCUUGUCGACUUUGAAACCGACAAACGGAAACCAAGACUUGAAAGAUGUGAACGAUUAAAUGAAUUCCUCACCUAUCGUUAUUCAUCGACACGUCUCAUCACACAGCAAUUGAUAGUAUUUCCAGGCUGGGUAUUAUUUUGAGUGGAAUUGUUAUGGCGACUGCUCAGAAUAAAGAGCGUCGAAGCGGUUCUCGACAAUUUCAUAGGAAAUCCCGCAAUAGCUGUCUAACCUGUCGAAGGAGACGCGUCAGGUGUAAUCUGCAGCCACCUAUAUGCGCCAACUGUCAUCGACGUAAUGAACAUUGCUCUUAUCAAGAAGAGACACGAGACCUAAGUCCUAUUCUUCUCUCAAAUUCACAUUUAAACAGUCAUACACGGGCGCAACAGUCCGCUCAUAUACCGUUAAUAUAUAAAAACUUCGAUUUCAUUCUCAAUGGCUUUCAAGUUGAAACCGAUCUAUAUAGAUCUGGGCAGGAUGUCGUGGGGGCAAGUUUUAGCCCGAUAACUGGUGUUAUGGAAAAGACAUUCUUUCUAUCCUGGCUAUCAAUCAUCGAGAAGGUCCCUAUCGCUCAGAAAGCAUCUCUAGCCCGUGAAUUCGGCUACCAAGCAAGUACUUUCCAAUACGUCUACCGAACAAUCACAGCGCUCUAUGCCCUUCAUGAGUGGUCUCAAGAUACACCAGGUACCAACCUAUACGCGGCCGCCUAUCAAUACCAUAUCGAGGCAUCAACUUUAUUCAGGCAUACACAGGUCGAAGUGAACGAAGCUAAUUGGAUUGCGGUCUUGGUAUUUGCGAUUGGCGUUAUUGUAUUCCAAUUCGCUGCAACUCUAAAAACGCCUGAUUCAGUAGACGAUUACUUCGAAUUACUCUAUGUGUUGCGCAACUCCUCCGACUUAGCUAUCGAGCUAGCACCUUAUCUUCGUACGAGCCCGUUAAUGCAACUCAUCGAACCUCAUUUGAGUCGACUCAAAUCACAUUUAGAUGACUUCACCUGGAAUGCGGUAUGCCGUCUUGACUCGCUCGAAUACCCCGCAGACACGACCGAGGAGACGAGAUGUGCCUGCCAGCAUUCAAUUGCAGUGUUGAAAGAGUGGGUAGUCAAGGUUGAUGGACAUCCAGGGAGCUGGCGCGACUUCAUGGAUUGGCCAGCUGCUGUUUCGGAACCGUACCUUGUAGCGCUUUCACAGAAGCACUCGGUGGCGCUCGUCGUCUUCGCCUAUUGGUGUGCUAUUAUGCACCGUAGUCCGAGGCGUUGGUACACGCUCGGCUGGGCUGAAAGAGCUGCGGACGCAGCUAUGAGGUACUUAGGGGAAGAAUGGGAUUCUAUCCUCGAGUUCCCCCGGACUAUACUGUCGAACGAACUCCAGUACGGCGAAUCGCCAACGCCUACGCUUAUAGAAGCAUAGGUACCUAGGUACCUAGGCUCCACGGAUAGAAUGGCUCAUAGAAUAAAUUUUCGUCUUUAUCACCUAAAUCGUAUCCCACGACCGUAUAGAUUUCGAUAAACGUCCGACAAUUCGCGAAAAAAAAACCCCAAUCAAAGCGAUAUCUAAAAUCUAUAAUGAAUCCAUUAGGUAGGUGACAAAUCUCGCAAAAAAAGACUAGUUGUCAGAUGGGGUGGUAGUAUCGCGCAUUCAACCCCAUUCAUGGGGGAGUCCUUAUAGGUUGGUG